UCGUCGGUGCCCCUCCCCGCUGUAGCUCCCGUUCUCAUACUAACCAUCGUUCUUAUAGCGGGAACAGAGGAUCCUCCUGUGCGGUAGUGAGUGAACUGUAAUCGUCUGCUCACAGAACCCGACCUUACCAGUGCUCGUAUAAAGGGAUGAAGGUCGAAGGAAAGGUUGCUAUGGUGACGGGAGGAGCGCGCGGCAUAGGGAAGGCUAUCUGUGCCGGAUUGCUGGAAGAAGGCGCCAAGGGCGUCUGCAUUGUUGACAAUCGGACAGCGGAAGGUCAAGGUACGGCGUCAGAGCUGUGCGCGAAACACGGAGAGAACAGAGCGAUAUACGUCAACACCGACGUUACCGCAGACGACCAGUUCGAAGCCGCGUUCGUGAAGACGAAGGAUCAAUAUGGCCGCCUCGACAUCGUCAUCAACAACGCCGCCAUCGUCGACCUCGUGAACUACAGACGCAUGGUCGACGUCAACCUGACUGCCGUCAUCACGGGAACCAUGCUGGCGCUGAAGUACAUGGGAAAAUGUCACGGUUUCGAUGGAGGCAUCGUCGUCAACGUGUCAUCAAUUGGAGGUCUCGCUGCAAUCGCCAAUCUACUGUUUAGAUUCUAG